UGUCAUAGUAUUAAAACAGCUAACAUACACAUCAGGAGGUGGCCUUGAGAAGCUGAGCGGAGACCAACUGGACUUUAAUCAGAGAAACCAAGAGACUGUUACCAUGGCAGGGAAGCCCAAGCUUCACUACUUCAACGGUCGGGGCAGAAUGGAGCCCAUCCGGUGGCUCUUGGCUGCAGCUGGAGUGGAGUUUGAAGAGAAAUUUAUAGAAUCUGCAGAAGAUUUGGAAAAGUUAAGAAAUGAUGGGAGUUUGAUGUUCCAGCAAGUACCAAUGGUUGAGAUUGAUGGGAUGAAGCUGGUACAGACCAGAGCCAUUCUCAACUACGUUGCCAGCAAAUACAACCUCUAUGGGAAAGACAUAAAGGAGAGAGCCCUAAUUGAUGUGUAUACAGAAGGUAUGGCAGAUUUGAAUGAAAUGAUCCUUCUUCUGCCCUUAUGUCGACCUGAGGAAAAAGAUGCCAAGAUUGCCUUGAUCAAAGAGAAAAUAAAAAGUCGCUAUUUCCCUGCCUUUGAAAAAGUGUUACAGAGCCAUGGACAAGACUACCUUGUUGGCAACAAGCUGAGCCGGGCUGACAUUAGCCUGGUGGAACUUCUCUACUAUGUGGAAGAGUUUGACUCCAGCCUUAUCUCCAGCUUCCCUCUGCUGAAGGCACUGAAAACCAGAAUCAGCAACCUGCCCACGGUGAAGAAGUUUCUACAGCCUGGCAGCCCAAGGAAGCCUCCUGCAGAUGCAAAAGCUUUAGAAGAAGCCAGAAAGAUUUUCAGGUUUUAAUAAAGCAGCCAUGGAGGUCAAGAACAUGCAAGACCAAUAUUCUAAAGUUUUGCAACAAUGAAAUGCUUUACUUAAGUGUUGAUUGUGCCUGUUGUAAAGCUAAUGAACCCUUUCCAAUUAUAUGCUAAUUAAAUAAUAAAAACGCCUAUUUGC